AUGGGCAAUUGUAAUAUUAAUGAAAAAAAGGAAGAUCUUAUGGAGAAUAAUGGUAUUGAAUAAUGAUCGAUAUUUUAGUGGUUUCGGUGUAAAAUUUUCAGUUUAUCGAUGCAAUCGGGAGAGGUGGAUUUGGAAAGGUGUGGAAAGUUAGAUAAAAGAAAAAUAAGUAAUUCUAUGCUCUGAAGGUGAUGUCUAAACCAAAGUAAGAAGUGAUUAAAAUUUAGAAUCAUUCAAAAGAAGUCGGUAUAGUCUGUGAUGAAUGAAAAGACGUUAUUGAGUGGUUUGAAACAUAAGUAAAAAUUGAAAUUGAAUCAAGUUUUCUGAUCAACAUGCAAUACUCCUUCCAAGACAGAGAAUACUUGUAUUUGGUAAUGGAUUUGCUCUCUGGGGGAGAUCUGAGAUAUCACAUAGGAAGACACAGGAAAUUCAAUGAAGAAUAAACAAGUAUACAGACAUAAUCUAAAGCAAGAGUUUUUCAGUGGGUGCAUCAUAGUGGCAUUGGAUUACCUGCACCAACAGGGAGUAUUGCAUAGAGAUCUAAAGCCGGAGAAUUUGGUGUUUGAUAGUAAUGGUAUGGUCCAUUGAUUUAAUGAGACUAGGAUAUCUCAGAUUAACUGAUUUGGGUAUAGCCAGAAUAUGGAAACCCGAGAAUUCCCAAGAUACGAGUGGAACUCCCGGCUAUAUGGCUCCAGAAGUUAUGUGUAGUAAAUCUUUGUUUUCUAAUUAUAGGACACAAUCACGGUGUAGCAGUAGAUUACUUUGCUUUGGGAGUGAUCAUCUAUGAAUGCAUGUUAGGCAGAAGACCAUAUUUAGGGAGGAGCAGAUAGGAAAUAAGAGAAUAAAUGCUAGCCAAAUAGGCAGUUAUCAAGAGACAAGAAAUUCCACCAGGAUGGAGUUUAGAGGCGGCUGAUUUUACAAAUAAGGUAUUAUCAAUGUCUUUUUUUAGCUUUUACAAAGGAAACCGCAGAAUCGAUUGGGCAACAAUGGUCCAGAUGAAGUGAAGGAACAUCCAUGGUUCAGAGAUUUUAGUUGGGAGAAGCUUCUGACCAAGUAGAUUAUUGCUCCAUUCAUCCCUAAUGUUUAUUAUUAAACCAGAUUAUUAGGGCAAUGAAGACAAUUACCUACCCUCUGAUAGCAGACGAGAUUCCGAUGAUUCCAUUAAUGAGGAGUAACAAAUCAUGUUGAGAAGGAAUUCAGUAUAAAGUAUGAUAGUUGGAAUAUGUUAGAUCUAUUUAAUGGAUAUGAUUUUGAUAAUAAUCCUGUAAGUGUUCCUAGUAGUUAAAUGGUUGUGUCGAGCACUUCUUCAUCUCGAAUUACCAAAUAACCAACAACUACUAAUACACCAAGAUCAGCGAAGUUAGCAUAGAAGCUAAAAAAUUGAUUUACAUUUUUGCCC